AUGACCACAUCAAUUUCCUCCUCCUCGCCCGAGGAACUCAAAUUCUAUAUCCAUCCCCAAGAAACCAUCUCCGAAACUCUAAUUCCAAGUCUGUACGAACACCUUCCAUACAGUAAUCCCAUAUACAGUCGAAUGCUCGCUCCACACAACACACCUUUCAGACACUGCCUUUUCGCCGCCACCUUUCCGCCACAGAUUCCAAUUCCGGAGCUCUACACCAUCAUAUUUUCCGAUCGAUCCCGCAAAAACGAAUCUCAGAUCUGGGUCUUCAAUCCUCUGAUCACGCCUUCCUACGCACAGCCUCUCCACAAUGAACAUGCAUCUCUUCUCUCCACACAUCUUAAAUACACCCUUGUAUUCUUGAAAAAUACCGAAAUCCCCCAAGCUCCCGGAUUUCCUUUCGACCCCAUCCUCAAAUUCGCAUGUUUGCAUGAAGUCAUCACAAAUUCACUUACAUCUCUCUCAUCCCAGACAUCAAUUUCAACCUCAACAUCCACACCACUAAUUCCCUACCACACCCGCUGGAACCUCUACCUCAUCCCCACAGCACCCUCUAUCAAUCUCCCACCCUCACCCCCGCCCCCAUCCUCCCUCACCCUUUCCCGCGUCCCAGCUUCCCAUCUCAACCUCGUAAUAUCCACUUCCAUCAUCCCCCGCGAGCCCUCUACGCUCCUCGCCCAACCCUCUCUCUGUCUCCUCACCCCCGAAUCCGAAAUGGUAGCAUGGGCUUUCAUAGGAAUCGACGGCACGCUAGCAACCCUUUACGUACUCCCUUCCCACCGUGGUCUCGGUCUCGCUACUUAUGUUGCCCGCGAACUUAUUCGUCGUUUUGGGCUGGGUGAAUUUGCGGAUCUGGGGUUUAAUGGGUCAAGUGGCUUUGUGCAUUCAGAUGUCAAGGAAGGGAAUGCAGGAAGUGAGGGCGUAAUGAGGGCGUUGGGAGGAAAGAGGAGUUGGGAGAGUAGUUAUCUUUGGGUUGAUUGUGCGAUGGUGGAUGAGGCUUGUGGAUGA